AUGUUCUCCUUCUUGAUCUUGGAUCAUUGUAGUAAAACGGUAUUAUCGUUUUUAGACAUGUACAGUCUCGUCUCGUACAAUCUUUCUUAUUAAAAUAAACAUCGAAAUCAAUCGGAUUAGUUUGUGAUUCUCUUAUUAUUCGUGGACCUUUUAUCCCCUCUCAUAUUGAUACAACGAUUAUCUUCUCGAUCAUAUUUUAAAGAAGACUACCAAGGGAAUGAUGCUGUAUAGCAACAAUGCAUAGGAACUUAACAUAUCUUUAAUGGUUAGUUAUGUAUAUGUAUGAUCACUCGUAUUGUUGUGUUCUUUGUUUGUCACACUAGUAAACAAAGCUAUAAAUUAAUUCCACUGCGUAAAUGAAAUAUAAUUACUGAAUGCAUGCGUGCAUGCUCAUUGGCCGAACAUCACUAUGCUUACAAAUCAACAGACUACGUAAUUGCAAAAUUGAAUUGUAUCGCGAAAUCGGUGCAUCGACCGUCUGCCGUUCAAUUAACUCUGAAUCGAAUCAUGACAUUGUCUCGCCGUUUUCAUUGAUCAGGAUCACUCGAUUCUUCAUAUGUCAAAUAUCGUUCAAAAACACACCAGGUUCACAUAUAACUCAUAACUAUAAAUCAUACUCCUUCUCCAAUAUAAAAAUUGCUCCUACCCUUCUUGUGUUCUCGUCUGAUUUCCAUCGCAUGUUUCGCAUUUCAUGCUAUAUAUAUCUCUUUCUUUCAAUCAGUAUCAAUCAGUAUCAAUCAGUAUCAUUAAAUUUCGCAAUUGGAAUGCAACGAUUACAGUGCAAAUUCACGUAAAAUAAAUCAUAUAAUUGAAGACACGACGUGAUUUUUGCGUCCCUCUAAAAAUAUCUUUGAUAAUCUUAGACGCUUGAUUACGUUCUUUCAGUGAAAGUGAAUCCCAUCGAUAUUACGGAGAAUCUUUUCUUCGCUAUUUUCGGCCAAAAGGAUACAGAUGACUUCACGGUAUCACUGAAACGAAAGAUGCAACCAAAUUGGACGAUAUACUUUUUUAAGAUAUCCUUCUCUCUGUACAUGUUGGUUAGUGUUAUUGUACUAAUCAAUCUAUUAAUCGCAAUGAUGACCGAUACAUAUCAAAAUAUUCAGUCACAAAGCGACAUCGAAUGGAAAUAUGGAUUAAGCAAACUUAUACGUAAAAUGCAAAAAACACGUACUGCACCUUCGCCAUUGAAUCUCAUUACUUCCUGGAUUCCAUAUAUUAGGAAAAUAUUUAAAAAUCGAAGCCACGAACGUAAAACUGAUAUAAUACGUUUAUUUGCGGGACACACAUUUAGUCAAGACAAUGGAUUAUCUCAGCAACAUGAUGUCAACUUUCCAUUACUUCGAUCAAGUCCAUUAGAAAGUCAGUUGUCUUUGAAAGAUUCAAUAAGAAUCGAAAAUGUAGUGGAUUGGGAUUUCGUAAGACGAAAAUAUAGAGUACGAUUUGGUAACGAAAUCAGAAAAUCUCUCCCAGAAGAUUACUCUAUAAAGCGUCAGUAUAUGUAGUUUCCUAUUACUUACAUAAUUAUAUACUGUAGAUUUACCAUUUUCUCACAAAUGAAAUAUUUGUAUUUACUAUUUGAUAUGUUUUUUAUCUUAUUAAAUAUAAAAAUAAUAUUCCUAUAUUAUUGGUACAGAAAUAUGAAAAUUGUCGAAAGAUUUUAAAGUAUUAAGAAGUAUUAAGAAGUAUAAGUAUUAAGAAGAAAAUUUUUAUAAAUAAUUUUUUUAUAGUAUAAAAAUAUAAUACAGUAUAAAAAUAUAAUAUUACUUUUUUGAUAUCAGUAUCAUAUUCUAACUAAAGUAAUACUUAAAUUUUAAUACUUAAUUUUAAUAGUUAAUUAUUAAGUUAAGUAAUUAUUAAUAGUUAAGUAAUACUUAAUUUUAAUAGUUAGAUUUGUUAAGAUAUGUUAUUUCUCUACCAUAUCUCUGAUGCGUGGUAACAACCAAAUUAAAAGCUGCGGCUUGUUCGCGUAUACAUCUGUCUUCCUCAGAUGUUAAAGAUUCAGGAAGUGGUUGUCUCAAAAGAUGAUUAUCCUCAGAAAAAUUUUUGCACAUCUCAUAUGCAGCUUUUUCAAAAGAAGACUGUUCUUUUUUCUUUUCUUUAACAUUUAAGCAAUUUUUCCAAAGCUGCUUUUCUGUUUCCAAAUACUUUCUAUGUUUUUCAUUUGCCUAAAAAUAACAAAUACAAUAAAAUGUUUUUAGAAACGGAAGACACAGACUGUCAAAAUAUGUGAGCAUAACUUCACUGAAAUCAGCACAAUUAAAAUAA